AUGCCCACGUACGGCGGCCUUGACUCCCCCUCGCUGCGCAAAAUGGAAAACGGACACGGCUACGGCCAGCGCGCCUCCUUCAGCAUCGGCCGCAUCGUCGGCGAUCCCUUUGCGCUGGCCACCAUCUCCAUCGCCAUUCUCGCGUGGAUCAUCGCCUUUGUCAGCUCCAUCCUGUCGGCCAUCCAUGGCGGCUUCCCCAACUUCGCCUGGUGGACCCUGGUCUUCAUGUUCUUCUGCAUCGUCGGCGUCACCAUCACCGUCGCCUCGGACGCCGAGCGCACAUAUCAUGUCGCUAUCGUGGGCUUCCUCUCAGCUGGCCUGGUCUUCACCACGUCGUCCGUCAACUCCCUCGUCUACUCGCCCAUUGCCCCCUUCGAGGCCGCGGCUGCCGGCUACAUUCUGCUGUCCAUGAUCACGAUCGUGUGGAUCUUCUUCUACGGGUCCCAACCACAAGCCAGCCACCGCACCUUUGUCGACUCGUACGCCCUGCACAAGGAGAACCCAGGCUCGCGCUCCUCCCGCCCAAUCUCCACCGGCUACACCAACCGCCCCGAGACGCAAAUCACAAACAACCUGGCCCCCCAAAUGUACACGUCAGCCCAACUAAACGGCUUCGAGACAUCCUCCCCCGUAUCCGGCUACCCAGGCGGCCCGACUGGCGCAAUUGGCCGCAACUCGUCCGCCCAACAAUUCGGCAGCAUGAACACCGGCACACCGGCGCACGACGAGCCCCAGCAAGAAACCCACCUCGAAUACCCAUAUCGCGCAAAAGCAAUCUACAGCUACGAAGCGAAUCCCGACGACGCAAACGAGAUCAGCUUCCAGAAACACGACAUCCUCGAAGUAUCAGACGUCAGCGGCCGGUGGUGGCAGGCCAAGAAGCCAACAGGCGAGACUGGCAUCGCGCCCAGUAACUACCUCAUCCUGCUAUAG